ACAUUUUUGAUCAGCCGCUUUGCAAGAAGUUCUCUCCCAUACUUUUGUUCCCUGCAUUCUCUAACACACACACGCUCACAAAAGGAGAAACCUUAUCUACUUCAACCCUCAGACACCUCCACAUAUCAUCAUCCUCCCUCAUUCCUCUCUUGAUUACACUCACAAAUCAAACCCUUAAACAAGACACAACACCUUCCUCUCUCGAUUUCCCUUGCCGGCGAGUCAUGAGGAGGAGCCGGCUCCCUUCUCCGACGACACCCAUCAACAGACGCCCCCCCCCUUCAGUUGACGGCCGACCACCACUGUGGUGGCGGCGCAAGGUGGUGCUUCCGAUGAGACAGAUAGACAGAGAGUAAGACAGAGAGAGAGAGUGAGACGUAAGAGAGAGAUAGGGAACGACAGGAAGGAGAGAAGUCUCCGGCCACCGUGAGCGGUGACGGGUGUCUCCGACGGCAGUGGUGGUGCGGCUAUGGUGGUGUCAGCGGCGACAUCAAGCAACGACACCCCUCCACUUUUGACGAGUUCCGUAAAGUGGGGAUGGUGGCUGAGGUGGUGCUGGAGCGGCACGUCAUCGGCGGCGGCGGAGGUGAUAGUGGUAGAUGGUGGGGUUCGGGCACAGACAACCGGUUCAAUAAAGCCGGUUUUGGUACGGGUCAAACGGUCAGAUUACGAGCUCGUUCUGGUCAACAUCUGGGUUCGGGUCAAUCACGGUCAACUCAGUCAACUGGUCAAAGCCAGUCAACUUCAGUCAACAAAAGCCAACGGUCAAACUUCUGGUCAACAGAAGUCAAAUGGUCAACUCAGACCCGGAAUGUCAUAGGUGCACGCUAGCUAAUACACGUUCUUGGAACAACACUUCGGAACCACGCUAGGCUAGCAUUGCACAGGAAUGUCAAGGUUGCAUUUUCAAAACUAUGGAACGGUUGGAAUAGGAGAACCCGUGGGAAUUCAAGUACUUAGCGGCGUUCAUUUUCUAGAAGUCUUAGCUAAUUGCUUCCGCUGUGCAAUGAAGAUACCGGUCCAGUCACGCCAUGCUCUGAUAAUUUCGGGGUGUGACAUGAAAUCCCCUAAUUACCCCUUUAGUGUCUUAAAACUUUGGGUGAAAUACAGAUUUGACCCUUCUAAAAUGGCUUACACAUCCUUGUACAUGGUGCUUCAUAACUUGAAUCCAUUCACAAAGAUGAACACCAAGGUUUCUAUAACUUGUACACUCUUGUUUUUAUGUUGCACACUAGCAAAUGCUCAAGCAGGAUACGGUUCAACAACCGAUUCCGGAUACGGUUCAGCCCUACUAGCCCUUUCAUCCCGAGCCACCAAACUACCCCUACCACCUGCACCAGCACCCGCACCUGAACCCACACCCGAAUACGUGAACCUAACCGACCUCCUAAGCGUCGCGGGCCCAUUCUCCACCUUCUUACACUACCUUGAGUCCACUAAACUCAUUGAAACACUACAAACACAAGCCAAUGACACUGAAGAAGGCAUCACACUUUUUGUACCCAAAGACACAGCCUUUUCUAACCUUAAAAAACCAUCACUUUCAAACCUUACAUCUGACCAACUAAAACAGUUGUGUCUUUUUCAUGCCUUGCCACAUUACUAUUCAUUGUCAGAUUUUAAAAACCUUAGCGGUUCAGGCCCGAUUAACACGUUAGCGGGUGGGACCUACACGUUAAAUUUUACCGAUGAUUCGGGUACGAUCCACAUUGGGUCCGGGUGGACUAACACGUUGGUAAGUAGUAGUGUGCAUGCUAAGGACCCGGUGGCGAUUUAUCAAGUGAAUAAAGUGUUACUUCCGGAAGCGAUUUUCGGGACGGAUAUACCUCCACCGGCGCCAGCUCCGGCACCGGUGGCGGUGCCAGAUGUGGCUCCGGUGGCAGAUGGUCCAGAUGCUGAUGGUGGGAAAGGUAAAGGGAAAGGUGUAGGUUCGGAUACUGCGGCAAGGUCGUCGACUCCGUCGUCUUCGUACAGGUUUACGGGGUGGAUGAAGGUGGUGAUGGUGGUGGUUUGUAGUGGAUUGGUUGUGGUUUUGUGAGAAUAGGUUUUUGGUUAUGUAUCUUAGAAUUUAAUUAAAGUAUUGUUGCAAGUUUAUGGUUUUGUUUGUUGGUACUGAUAUUCUAUAUGUACUAUGAAAUGUCAGUGUUGUGGUCUCAUAUAUAUUUUACAUGGAAAUUUGUCUUUUUGGAA